AUAAAAGGCCUUUGGUAGAUGGUGACACCCAAACUCAAGUAAACUACUGCUUGUCUAUCUCUGAACACUCCACUCCUGACAAGAUGUGCUACUAUAAUGGAUACUGUGGAUGCCUGGGCUAUGGCUGUGGUGGCCUAGGCUAUGGCUAUGGCUGUGGCUAUGGUUGUGGCUAUGGUGGCUAUGGUUAUGGUUGCUGCCGCCCACUGUGCUGUAGAAGGUACUGGUCCUAUGGCUUCUACUGAGGAGAUUCAGCAGCUGCUCACUUCCACUUUCUUUACUUCAGAUAUUCCUAAAUAUCUUCAUAAAUUUAAAUUCUCUGAGGAAUAAUACAUGAAAGACAACAUGUCCACCCUGCUCUUUUCUAAUUUGAUUUCAUAAAUAUUUGCAUCGAAGUUCUUCAUUCUCAUUAUAAUGCCUUGUAAAAUGUGGUCUUCUUGCAUUCUUUCCCAUGUGCAUGUGCUUUAAAUAAAGAAAUUUGUAGCAAAUGA